CCCAAUUGCUCAAUUCCUCCUGGUGCACUGCUGCUUUCCUUUCUUUCUCGCGUAGGAAGCGAUAUCUAUGCCAUGAGCACUACAGGAAUGGUAGAUGAGAACGAUCCAAUGUCCAAUUAUUCUUUAGAGGCGCGUAUCCUCCAAAAGAAAGACCAGCUCGAAGAACUCUCUGCUACAGGCACAGUCAUCUCCACACCUAUUGUUGAAGAAGUACGCACUGGUCAACAGUUCUUGAUCAAGCUACAUCUCUCUCGAAAAGGACCUAAUCAAAGCCUAAGAUACCCAUCUCUGCGUGUUGGUCGCCGAGAGGCCAUUAACGCAGCAGGCGAGCCUAGAUUUGAAGCCGAACCAUUGACGCUUGAAAUCGGUAUCCGUUUAGCCAAGAGCGGUUCAGUCAGGAAAGGAGCUUGUGCUAAGUGCUGUCAUAAGUAUGGGCCUUCAUCACCAAUUCUUGUCCUCCUGGAUCAACUCUCACCUUCUGUUACUGAUCCAGCGGCAUAUGCGCAUGUGGAUACAACUACUGGAUCUAUCACUAUGUUGGCCAAAGUCAUCUGUUCCUCAACUGACCAUGGUGAACGUGGUAAUAAGGACCGGUAUAUCUUUGAUUUCAGGCUAAAGCGCACAAGCUCCAUGUCUACCACAAUAGCUACCAGCUCCUCGGCCUCACCAGCGCCAUCCGAUGCAACAGAUGAAGAUGGGGAAAUCCUCUCCACUUUCUUCACUCAUCCCAUUAUGUGCUCGGGGCAUCACAAGGCCAAACGCACCGCUUACCCACAUCAACGACCCUCCAAGGUUACUAAAGCAGGUCCAACCCCAAAGAUAAAAACCAUCAAGCGACACAAAAGUGCACCCAAUAUUGCAUGGCCACCACAAGGGGCGCUAAUCGACGCGGAGAACGUUGACAAUCUCAACCUCAAUGGACCUAUAGGUAGUAACAAUGGAUUCCCAUCCACUAUCAAUUAUCUACCUGAGCAUCUAUCCCAGCUUCCGUUAGUGAGUGCUUACACGGACCCCACUAACGGAGAGCCUCGUGCCAAUAUCAAUAACCAAUCACUUACCUCUCAGUCCGCGUCUGAAAUGGAACAGCAUCCCAUAUCUCAGCACCCUCGAAUCUUGGAAGUUCGGCCAGAUAAUGGACCCAUCCGUAAAAGGACAGAUGUGGUGCUCAGAGGGCUAUUCUUCCGCGAGGGCAUGGUUCCUUACUUUGGUGUAUUUCCUGCUCAAGAUAUCAUUGUUGAGACCUCUGGCUUGAUUAUCUGUAAAGUCCCCGAAAGCUCAAUGCCAGGAACUGUGCCAAUUACCAUCGUAGAUAGCAUGAAUAACAGCUAUGGGGACCUAGGACAGUUCACCUACACAGAUGACGGUGAGACUGAGCUAUUAAUACUUCAAUUACAACUCCGACUGGCACACCGUGCGCUGGAGUAUCUACAUACACAAGCUACUGGUCAGAAGGGCAAUGUCGAUGAGAUUAUGAGGAGUAUUCCUGGAUUAUCAAACGCACCUCGGUCCAAUGGUGCCUUGAUGAUGGACUCUUCAGAGCCAUUACUCUCGCUAAGCGAGGUAGAAGACAGUAUUUUGGAGAUAUUGAAUCACAUUCCAAAAGAUAUGGAUAUCUCCAUUCAGUUAGAAGACGGAAGUAAUCUAUUGCAUCUCGCGAUUCUCAUGGGACUCCACCGCUUGGCCAUCCGCCUCAUCGAGGAAGGCUGCGAUAUUGAGAGCCAGGAUGAUUAUGGCAUGACUCCGCUCAUGUAUGCCGUAUUCAAAGGAAACGAACUCAUUGCCAGAAGCCUCAUCCUGGAGCAACGACAUCGGGCGCACGAACCCCCGAAGAGUUUUAUGAAAGCUUACCCCGUGAGGUUGAGCCAACACCGAUGAUGUUGCGCUUCCUAUCUGUUAGUUGCCCUCGUCACUCGGGAGCGCAGUCCAUCUUUGCUAUGGACAUAAUGGAGGAAGGAGAAGACGAAGAAGAGAGCGAGGAAUGGACUAACUCUAUUAAUUUGGAUGGUAGUCAAAGUCAAGAGUUUGUCUAUUCAUCAUCCCUGCGCCCUGUGGCAGUAAAUACUUCCGAGCUUAGAGUUGCAGCUGAUGAGCGUCACUUCCCGUCUUCACAAAACCCUGAAAGAGACUUG